UAUUCCAUCCAGUAUAACAUGAUUAAAUUAAUCAAUAUGAUUUAAAAAUAAGCCAAUCUUAACAGUGGCUGAUAAUCUAAUAUGUUUAUUAUAUACAAUUAAUCAUCAAGGUUGAUGUGGUUGAACAUGGUCUAGUGAAAGUGAUUAUAUAAAAGCCUGAAUUAAACGUUAUACCAAGAAAAAAAGGGCGAUAAGUAUCACAAAACAAUCAUAAUUGGUGAAAAAUAAUUCCACUACGGAGGGAAGAUUUUUACACUUAAUCAUCGAUGAAAAUUUAAUUCCAGUAUAAUUAAGUUUGCUAACAUUAAAUAUAAAUGAUUAAAACUUAAGACAGCUGAACUGUACAAUUUUAUGUGAUAAUGAUUAAGGAAAAUACAGAAAAUUCUUUGGAAAAAAUCAAUGCUGCAACGCAGUGUAAAAUGCGAUAUGCUGAUAGUAGCGAUAACAAUUGGAAAACUGGUCCAGCAAAAGCAAUGACAGCGAUCCAUUCCUCUACAGGACUACUAUCUAGUAACGGCAUUAGCAUGAGCAAGUUGAAGACAUUAACUCAUGUAAAUCAAAUCGACAAAAAUUACUUCAGACGGAGCAGAUCUGAAGUAGGCACGAAACAGUGUAGAAAUGAAAAGAUGAAUUUAGUAGUAAGCACUGGGAAGAAACAGAUAUGGAAAGACCAGUCACUCAUAACAAUCAAAUCACCCCCGUUAUUACAGAAAACCAGAAAAUUACCACUGAAUACGACUAGUGGAAUUAACACAGUUAACAAACAAAUACUGACAGGUAAUCGAAACAGAAGGCAUAAAAGUGCUUCGUUACAUAGAAAGCAGCCAAUUUUGAUUAUUGUGCUAAAUGACUCCAGAAGAAAAGCUGACUAUCCAGAAAAGAAAUAUCGUACCUUGAAGAAAACCUGUGUGGCUGCUUCAGUGAAUGUUGAAAAACAGAACAUUGAUGUUAUCCGGGAAUGUGAAGAAAAGCCUCAAUACAGUAAGACAGUGGUUAUCGUUAAUGAGAAAAUAUGCUUCUGUAAACCAGACUUACUAAAGCGACAGCUGAUUCAAAGCGUUGCGGAAAAUAUUCUUCUGUCCUCGUCAGGAUCCCAUAAUAUUGGAGAUGAUUUUUUCAAAUUGAUAUUAAUUAUGAAUUUAACACAAUAUUUACUUCACUGCUGUCACACUGAAAUUAAUUCAGACAUUCUCAGUGAAAGCAUUAUUGGUGAAGAUUUAUGCAGUGUAGUAGUGGAACUGCAGAAUUUAUCAGCACAUCAACCUCAACAGUAUUACGUAUUAUUGUUUGAAGAAAGUUCAGCAGUGGAUAUUACUCAAGCGUCAGCUGACGAUGGCUGGAUUGAAGAGAUGCAAAUAUUACUGGAAAGCUGCACUGAUAAUGAUAAUAGUAAUGAACAACACAAUGAACCUACUACUGUUCCAACUAAUACAGUAAUUUAUAUCACAUUAAUGAACCAAAAAGAGUUAAAGAACAUGCUGAGGAUAAUUCUACGAGUAGAAGAACAGUACAAAGGUGAACAGGUCACACAGACAAUUAGGCGUGAUAAUGUUAAAAUUGAUAAUUUAAUUGUGACACCAUAUUUACAGACUUAUCCAACUUACAGUAAGCAUCAAGAAUUGAACAUUACGGAAAAGAUAUCUGAACAACCAGUGAACAUGCGAUCCAGUGGAAUAUUAAACCUGGAAUUGCUAAAAUCACAGUAUGAAGAAAAUAAUUUUGUAAGAAAUCAAUUCAGCCCUGUUCAUAUAAAUGAAAAGAAUUCAAUUGCAAUAGACGUACCACAGCAACCUCUUAUUGAAUUUAUUUUAUCACACACUGAAGCAAUAACUAAAGAUCAUUCACAAAUUAACAACAUCUCUGACCAUUAUCAGUCAGUAGAAGUUCGGAGGCUCAGUCAUAAGACUGAUACUGCUAGUGGAUUCUGCAACUGGUUAGUGAAGUUUAUAAAUUCAGGAUGUAUAAGGCGUAAACGAAAAGCACUACCCCGAAAAUCUUUAAGUCACGAGUCCAUAUUAUCUCCCGUUUCACAGAAUAUCAAUGAUAUAAUAUCACUCAAAGAAGUUUCACACUUGUUGAGUUUACUGUCUAACACAGAUGAACAUAAGUUAUCAAUGCUUGAAUCGACUGAAACACUCAAUGCUCCCGACAUAAGAACGAUGCUCUUAAAUGUACAGCAGCUAAUAAAACUAAAACAUGAAGAUAUAGAUCCUAAAAGAAUUUCAAAUGAUGAGGAUCAGGAUUUUAACAAACUAUUACAUAGUAUUAAAACACAAAUACGCUUUAGUGACGAAGACUCUAUCCAUGAAGACAACUACAGAGAAGACUGUACAAAUAUCAGUGGAGAUAAUAGGAAAUCAAAUUCACUGAGGAGAAGUGAAUUACCGGUAAACGACGAAAUAAAAACCAUGAGUGAAUAUAAAUCUUCUGCAAAUGAUAAACGUCAGGUGGAAGUUGAACUGAAACAACACUGCAAACAGGCCAACAGUGAAUUAUGCGACCCAGGUGAUAGGUGGCAUCUGAAUACAGUGAAGACUGUAGAUUUUGUAUCAGCACCAUCGUCAGUUUUAGCAGUUGAACAUCAGAAACAAGAAACACCAUCGUCAUCAGUGCUUACCGACAAGACGCACCAGCCAACAAUGCGACACACACAUAAGCACUUAAAACAAAUAAAGCAGAAACAAUUGAAAAAGAAGGCCUCAACAAAUAUUACCAAUUUAUUGUUGAAAUUAAUUGACAGAAAACGCCAAAAUAUCGUUGAUAACAGGAUGUCUGAAGAUAGAAUCAGUCAACAGGAACAAAGAGAGAGAAUUGUUAGCAGUUCGCAGAAGACAGAAGGGACAUUGCAUCUUAAAGAAAAGGAUGAUAAAACUUCACCGGCAGGAUACGCUAAAAUAAGAAAAUCUGAAUUUCUUGUCAAGCAGAAACCAACAGGUGACGUUGAAUCGGAAGUAAACAAGUUAAGAAUACAAUCCAAAGAAGACAGUAUAAUCCGUGAAUAUCAUCUACGAGACAGUACCAUCUUUCCAAGAAGUAGAAGCGAAACAACUGUGGGAAAUAAACCAGAGAUAGAAGUCCAGGCUAUAAUUUGUGUCGACAAUACAGUUUUGGAGACUGCACUUGAAAGACUCUACGCAUCUUUUGAAAUAUCUUCGACUAAUGAAUGGAACCAAACAUUGGGAAUGUUCAUUGUUAUAAGUGAUAAGCACAGAGCAGAAAUACAAGACGUUUAUAAAUUAAACAUAAAACGCCAUGAUAACUAUAUUCUUGAACCUGAUACAAUGAAAUUCAUAUACAUAAGUAACAGACAGGUAAAUUACCAGGUAGGCGAAUUUCUCAUACUGCAGUUACAACCUGUACAAGAUAUAAACAAUUUAGAAAUAUUAGAAAGAAUGCAAGAUUAUAUUAAAUGGAUGUUGGUAAGCGAAGAAGAACCACUUGAACAAAAUUAUUUAAUGUGUACAAUAAACUUACGUUUAUUUAGUAAACUGGAAACACGUAGACACGAACAGCUACAAAUCGAAGAUGAAUUAUCUAUCACAUUCUCAGAGUCUAUAAUAAAACACCACUACAUGAACUCAAUGCAUAGUUUAGAAGUAUAUAGGCCUUCAUAUAGAUGUUUUCAAGCUUGUAGAAUACCAUUUACUGAACCACCAGGAUUAUAUCGCUAUGGAGAGGGUACAAACACACGUGAGGACGAAUAUGAUGAUGCAACAUGUCUGACCGGCAGUUUAGUCUCUUUCCUAACAUCAUCGGAUAAAAUCCUCUACGGGGACAAUAAUAAAGACGAUCAAAUACACUGUAUAAGACAGUAUAACAGUAUGACAGAGGCGUCUGUUUUUAAUGAUUAUGAUGAUAAUGAUGAGAGUGAUUCAUACUGUCUACGCCAUCAUAGCUCCAGUGAUCAACAACUAAGACUGACAAAAAUUAAUCCAGUGCUUGGAAAACCUGUAAACAACUUAAAAACUAAAAAACAGCAAUUAUAUUUUCCAGUAUUAUUGCAAAGAGAAACUGAACUUUUAUUUCAGAGUGUUGAAUUGUCUAAAAUAGACUCGAAUGAAUCAGCAACACCAACACCAGCAACAAUGACGGUGAUCACUAUGCCCACAGCUGAAAUGAACAGUGUAUCGUCUUGUAGAUAUAUACAAUAUUGAGUUGGUUGAAUUCAGUGACACAGCAUCAUCCGCGAAAAUGUGCUGAGUUAUUUUAGGUUUCAGUACUCCAGUGCAAUGCAAUAUUUGAGUUAUAGAUAUUUUUACGCAUUCAUUAUGUUAUUUUAAGCAGAAGGGAGACCAUCAAUCGCUUACACUUUCAGACUUCAAGCAUACACUUCGUUUAGAUGAAAAGUGAUAAAGUUAUCCAAGAAAUGCCUGAAUGAGAAGCAUAAAUAUAUGCAAACUCUCGUUUCUCCUUCAUUUGUUCAUUUCUUUAGAAGACUGUUCUC